UCACAUUCGAAAGCGAUGUGUAGUGAGGUGUAGGUUUACUAGUAAUUGAAAGUGGGAACAAGUGUCGAAAUACACAGAAUGGCGCGUCAAUUCGUGCUGGUGACAUGCACGGUGCUAGCAAUAAGUUUCUGGAUGGCGGAUAAUGCCAUUGCACAGGGUCAAGUGUUCGGAAGAUUACGCGGUAGAAAUCCAACACAUUUUAGGGGUUCGCCUCUCAGUAGGCUUCGUGCAGUAUCACAAUCACUGAGAAAGUCACCGUUUGUCCGAGCAGAGAAUCCCAAUGCUAGCGAAGAUGAUGAACAAUCACACGCGGGAACGGUCAGAAAAUCUCCAUUUGCAAGAAUGGGUUCUAGCUCUGAUUCACUGGAUUAUGUAGUCCAUCCAGCACACGUACCACAGGAAAUUAAAACGCCAGAACUUCUACCGGAGCUGAUUGGUUACUACAAUGAAGACGGUUCGAUUCAUUCGUUCCAUCGCGAUCGCAGUCGAAGAGAGACGCAAAGCGAAGAAAUAUCACCAAAUGAAGAGGCUCACGGAAAAGCAGCUGUCAAACAUCGUUUAACUCGUCGGAACCAUCGUAAACGAGACUUAUCGGCCGAAAUAACGGCAUCGAUGGAAGAAAGGCGGUUCCAAAGGCCUGCUUGGAAACGACUGGUGCUGGACAAUGAAAUUCCUCGUAAUAGUUUGGAAAGGGUGAUCGUAACCAGAGGCUGGACGGAUAUUGUGUAUCCAAAUAUGAGUCCCACGUUACAGGGAUUGUACAAUGAUGACGGUACUAUCGAUGAGUUGCUGCAACCAAUAGACGCAUAUGAUCGAGAUGAAACUAGUGAGCGAAUCGACAAUCUUGAAGUGGAUAAAAAAUACGUUGCUUUCCGGCCGGAGCAUCAGAAGCGGGAUUUGGAUGCUAGUGUGGAGAAAACAUUAGAUCAAAAAGAGGUUACCGAUGCCGAAAGUGGAAUUAUGUUGAAUGAGGAGGAAAAUGUUACGCCAGUUGAAAGUGAUGAAGAAGCAGAUGAAUUGGUGGGAGCGGGUCAUAUCGAUGAAACAACUGAUGAAAUGUCUUCUGACGGUCCUUCAGUGUCGAUCGAAGAAACACCGGAAGAAACGGAACAAAUUGCGAGUAAGGAAAGCGUUAAACCAAUGGAACAUCAGGUUUUCCGCCCUGAGCAUCAGAAGCGAGAUUUGGAUGCAAGUUUAGAAAUGGAACAGAAGCAACACGAAGCUUCAACGGUUUCCGACGUGGAAAAGGAAGAUGAGCAUGAGAGUGAAGAGAACGUUACAGACGAAAUUCAACAACAGAAAACUUUCGAAUCAACGGUUUCUCACGCGGAAGAGGAAGAUGUAUUUGCGAGUGAGGAAAACGUUCAGCCCAUAGAGCACCAGGCAUUCCGACCCGAACAUCAUAAACGCGAUUUGGAGUCAAGUGAAGAAACGGAACAAAAACAAACCGACAGACAAGCUACGGAAGACAACAGAAUCGAACCUGAGCAAAGUGAAGACAGCGAUUGGACUGAUGCAGAGGAUAACAGUAGUGAUGAGCAGCCUAAGGUGAUCGGGUUUUAUAACAGAGAUGGAACAAUCGACAAACUUGCUGCAGCUUUACCGUUCCAUUCGAUAGUCGAGGCAUGUAACGAAGAAUUUUUUCCAAUUCAAGAGAGCAGUGUAGAAUAUAAACUGAGUCUAGCUCAAGGAGCGUAUAGACCAGAGCACCAGAAGCGUGACUCACCAGCAAGCGAAGAAACUGAUAGUUUUUUAGUUUCCGAAGCAAACAUGAUUGAAAAGCAUGAUGACGAGGAGGACGAAUACUUAGGGCCGAUGCUAAUGGGAGUCUACAACGACGACGGAACGAUUGAUAAACUCAUCCCGGAGUUUCGAUUUGCGCCAGAGGCUGAGGAAAGUAGUGAAGGAGUUCAUUCGGUAAGUUUGGAAAGUGGUGGACGAAGAAGAAUGUCAUUGAGGCUUAGAACAUUCCGCCCGGAGAACAUCAAACGUGAAAUAUCCGCGGAGAAGAUAGACAACAGAGAGGUAGUUCCGGUAACCGAAGAUGUGGACGAAGGUGAUAUUGUUGCCGAAGCGGAAAAAUCUGAAGAUAUGCACAGUGGAGAAUCUUCAAUUGUUCAAAGCCACAUUCAUGAAGAUUCACCAUCGCAGCAUGACGACGAUAUUCAGAUAAUGGUGCACUCUCCUUUUGAAACGGAAGAUAUCCAUCGCCCCGAAUUGUUGCCAACAAUAGUCGGGUAUUUCAACGAAGACAGUAGUAUCGAUCCAAUAUUAGACGACACAGUUCGAGCAUCUGCGAGUGGCGAAAGUGGCGACUCAGAUCCGAUAGUCGGCGGUAAACAUAAGAAACACCGUAAAAAGCACCGAAUGCAGCAUAUGCAACAUACGCAUCAACACUAUCAUCACUACGGAAACUAUCACUAUGGAAAUUAUUACGGUAAUCGGGGUCACUACGGACAUCGCGGCCAUUACGGCAAUCGAGGUCAUUACGGUUAUAGUCGUCCUCACUCGCAGUACGGGCAUGGAGGUAACUACUACCGAUAUAAACGAUCGCUUAGUGAUUCAGUUCCACUGACCGCAGGAGCCAGUUUUCAGGAACUAAAUAACGAUCCAAAAUCAGCGCAUGUGCCAUCAUCCGUGUCAUCCACUAACACAUCUCACGAUCAUCAACCAAAUAAUGCCAGGGAAAGCUCAGACUUACAUUCAGAAAGUGACGGCCGUCCACGUACUGCUAGAAACAGCAAUGCAAUACCCGACACCCCAGAUCCACAGGAUGUGACGCUUGUCAAAUUUAUUGGAUCCAACGGAUCGGAGAUGGUUUCUCCUUACCAACUAGUAGGUCAUCAUCGGGCAGAACAUCGCAAACCCGGCGGAAUAGUGAAUUACAACUUCUUCCAUCUUGGCUGUGCCAAUGAUGCUGAUAUCAAGGAAAAUUUCAGUCAGCUUCCACAUCGAAUAGAAAAGCGUAAAGGGGCCGAUCCAGACUGCGUAGCUAGUAAUUCUCAGGAUCAAGUAACGGAAAGUCCCUGUCCAACAAAACGUCGCCAAUCCAAAUUGUGCCGCAACAAACACCUUUUUAAACGCAAACUAAAACAAUGGAGUCUCAAGCAUAUGAACAACACCAACGAAGAGAUGCAACAAACGGAAUCGGCCGUUAACUCAGUUGCCGUCUGUUUUUCUUCUACUACAGACUCCACGUUAGGGAUGGAUGGGGGCGUAAAUCGCUGUCGAGAUGUUCGCAAAUGUAACCCCUCCGACGACACUUCGUCCAAAGAGCAGUUCAGAAAACGUUUACGGAGACUUCGACUUUUCCCACAGAGAAGAGACCAGCUGAUGAAUUGUUUAUUCAGCGGAAAAGUAACUUCUGUAAAACCAGCCAUCGAAAUACAGAAACGAGAAAGUGACACAGAACCUGCACCGGCGCAAACACUCGCAGCGAUCGAAGACCGUAAAGUUAUGCGAAAUAUGAAAACUCGGCGACAGGAAAGCUUGCUGCCUCGUUUUAUGAAACCUCGUCGAACCACAAUGGUUCCAUUGACCACCAGCACCAGUACAACCACAAUCUCUACCACAACAACCACGACAGAAGCCCCCACAACAACUACCACUACUACAACCAGCACAGAAAAACCACUACGUAAGCGGGUGCGGUUCCGACUGCGAUCCAAGAAGAGUAUACCAGACAGUGAAUACACCCGUAACAACGUCGUUCCAGAAGAUGAGUCACAAGAAACAGAUCCAGCAAAGCGGGUUGCUCAACGUCGUGCCUGGCGCCGACAGGCUCGCAUCAACAAGGCUAUGCUGCGUAAGCUAAUCCAUUCGUUUAACUCACCGAAAGUUUCAACGGAACGAGAAGUACAAUCCUCAACUAAAGCAGACAACUGGAAAGAUGUGUUUGCAGUAAAACCGCAACAAACUGCUCGAAGUUCUUCCCGAAAAUCCUUGGAUAUCCACAAGAGUCUAAAGCCUACCGUACAACCCACGCUACAACUGAAUCGUGUCCAGAGUCUAAUGCAUCAACAAUCGGCUACCCGAAAGACCAGUACAACCACAAAAAAGCACGUAACAACAAUACCCUCUACAACGCCUCGAAGCAAACCGAAGACAACCCUCCCAAGAAAGGCAGAUUCUAUCGAGUAUUCCUUCGAGGACAGUCAGGAAGUACAGCAGGAAAGAAGCCAUCCCAAGCGAAGCUUGGACGGUAGCUUGGAUGAUCGUCGACGUCGAAGGUCCCGAUCCGGUCGCCAUCGUCAGCGUAUUGAAAGCCACCUAGACGUCAGCUCGCCCAAUCGCGGCUCAUCACUAACACCAGGCAUGCAGGACUUCAUUGUCAAAACCGUCAAAGAGCAUUGCGCAAAGAACGACAAUCCAGUGCUGGGGGGAGUACCAGCACAGUUGUUGAAAAAUGGUGUCCCCAAGCUGAACGAAUUCGUCGAGGCAGUUCAGCAGCGCACAAAAAACGCUGCCACCAAACCAACGCCCAAGAGCGAAACCGUCGCUACCCCCAAGAGCACCUGUGUCCCGCGGGAGCGGUCGACCCGCACAUCCGGAACGAUAGCGGAUUCGUUCGCUUCAAGUCCACUGCGAACACUAUUCAAGUUGGACCUCUUCAAACCGUGGAGAAACAUGAUCACUGGUCAGAAGAGCUAACCGUAGUCAACCCAGUCAUGAAUGCAACCUGUGCUGACCCGUGCAGUUCGAGCAUCCUUCAUCAUCGCCAUAUCCAUUCUACAAAAAAUCAAACGCUAGCGCUUUUGGCACACUUGUUAUAUUGUAUGUUAUCGUUAGAACUAUGAAUGUAAAUAAAUAAUGUUACCUCAACAUGUUACAAACCUAA